ACCACGCACGCAGCACCGCACGGUUUAAAGCCAGCGGAUUUGGAUUAAAUAGCUUGUGAGAGAGCCGAUGAGCCUCGAGCGCGGGAGGGUGGGAGCUGAGGGCUGAUUUUUAUCUUUUACCGGAUCGAGAAGGGGAGGAGGCAGGGGAGAAUGAGUUAUUCUUGUAGCAGCACAGAGCCUGUUUGCUACACGGUGUAGCCAGCGCGCGACUAAAGGCUGCGACGCAACUAAAGCAGCUCCUGCGGCGACGAAGCCGAGAGCGUCAGAAAGGCUCAGCUCCCGUCAGGUUGCGCACCCAUCCGACCCCUCUUCUGUUGGACAUGAAAGUGCAGCAAGGCUGCAACUCAUCAGACAUGGGGAUCCCGGUAACUACUGAAGAAGAACUGCGCAGAAAUACCGUAAUAACGCCCGAAGAUGUGCUGGGGCUGCAGAAGAUCACUAAGAAUUAUCUUUGUUCUCCAGAAGAAAAUGUCCACAUGAUUGACUUCACCAGGUUUAAGAUCCGCGACAUGGAAACAGGAGGUGUCCUCUUUGAGAUCACUAAACCUCCAACACCAGCAGGAGGCAGAAAGCAGUGUGACCCCAACGCCGGACGCUUUGUCCGAUACCAGUUCACCCCAGCAUUCCUGCAGUUGCGGCAGGUUGGAGCGACAGUGGAGUUCACAGUCGGUGACACACCCAUCAACAACUUCCGCAUGAUUGAGAGACACUACUUCCGCGAUCAGCUGCUCAAGAGCUUUGAUUUCGAGUUCGGCUUCUGCAUGCCCAGCAGCAAGAACACAUGCGAGCACAUCUACGAGUUCCCUGCUUUGUCUGAAGAUAUCAUGCGAGAGAUGAUCCUGCACCCUUAUGAGACGCAGUCUGACAGCUUCUACUUUGUCGACAACAAGCUGGUGAUGCAUAACAAGGCAGAUUAUUCCUACAGUGGGGGUCCAUAGAAGAAAACCACCCUUCACCUCUCCCUGUUCUAGACAUUUUCCAUAAUCCAUGUUCCUCUUCAGGACCAGAAAAACAAGAAAUAUGGACUGAUGGACACACUCUUUUCUCUCUAUUGUUAACUCAAUGAUUUUACAUUCAGGUUUUCAGCUGCCAGACCAAUAGAUUUUCUCCCUUUGCCUCUUUGCAGGAACAUUGAAUUCUAGCAGUUUUAGCAUCUGUGUGUGUGUGUGUGUGUGUGUGUGUGUGUGUGUGUGUGUGUGUGUGUGUAAUAGAGAGAGAGAGAGAGAGAGAGAGAGAGAGAGAGUGGGCAGCAAACACAUGCAGUGUCGGUACAUGCUGUUGAUUUCAGUCUGUGUACAAGUGUUCCUCUUGAUCAUCACGAAAACUUUCAUUUGCAUUUUGUAGGUUGUGAUAGAGAUACAUAGGAAGGGGAAAAAAAAUGGGACAAAGUGUUAUUUGUCUUCACUACACCAGACAGAAACACUUGGACACAAAGAAAGAAAAAUAAGUUCACCUAAAUGGUUUGAUUGUCAAAUAAACCCCUUAAAGAUUAGCAUUCAGCUAGUUUGUAUAGGAAUCUUACUCCUAAAGUUUCUUGAAAUUCAAGUAGCACACAUCUGAAUGACUUUAGUCUGCCAUCGUUCAUUUGAAUGACAAACAGAAAUGUGUACUUUGUCUAUGUGAGUGUGUCAUUUGUUGUAUGUUUUCAUAGUACUACGAAGAUUACUUCAGGAGUGUCUUUUUGAAUAAAUAGCCAUUUUAAAGUGUCAGACACCUACUUUAGCUGAAAGUCAGAUACCAGUUUUGUUAUCCGGUAAAUUCUCUCUAGUUCUAACACUGUGUAUACUUUAAUUAUGACAAAUGUUUUAAUUGCAAAAUUGAAAAGUAUGUAAAGUUUUGACAGCAGAAAUUCCAUCACUGCAAUAAAUAUGGGAUUUUUUUUCGAA